AUUGAAGGAAUUUUUGGGCUAGCUGUUGGUGCGCUUCUCUUGAUAUUAGUGUUACUACUGUGUUCCUAAAGUUCCUUUAUCUUUACUUGGACAUGCCCAUCCACAGACAUAUCAAAAAUGUCGUUCACAAUUAUACAGAUGCUGAAAGAAAGGUUCGGGAAGCUACAUCAAACGAUCCAUGGGGUCCUAGCAGCACUUUAAUGGCCGAAAUAGCUGACAAGACUCAUAAUGUUAUGGCAUUCACGGAAAUAAUGCAAAUGAUUUGGAGAAGACUCAAUGAUAAAAGUAAAAACUGGCGCCAUGUUUAUAAGGCUCUUGUUCUUUUGGAAUACUUGUCAAAGACUGGUAGUGAUAAGGUCGCUACUCAGUGCCGAGAAAAUAUCCACUCAAUAGAAACUUUGCGAGACUUUGAGUGUGUUGAAGAUGGGAAAGAUCGUGGUAAGAAUGUCCGUGAGAAAGCUCGUCAUUUGAGUACGCUUCUUAGAGAUGAGGAACGUUUGCACGAAGAACGUACAAAGGCUCUGCUAGCACGUGACCGUUUGAUGCAUGGGGGUUUGGGAACUACGGCUUCCGCUGGAGAUUCACCGGUUAAAUAUGGUGUCCCACCAUCUGGUCGUGGUAGCUAUCCUAUUGGAUAUUCUGGCUCCAACUAUUUUGAAAAAGGAACAUUGCCUUCAAAAUCUGUUUCUCAUGCUGCAACUGAAUUAGAUUCCGUUAGACCUCAAUCUGCUGGAGAAGAACAAUUACAUCUUCAACUUGCUCUGGCUAUCAGUAAAGAGGAACAUGAUCGAGAAGAACGGCGGAGACGAGCUGAAGAAGCUAAAGAAGAAGCCAAGGUACAAAUGGUAAUAGAGCAGAGUCGUCGAGAAGAACAGAAGGAUAAAUCAGGUAAACAUCCAGUUUCCAAUAUUCCUUCUGGAUCUAGUAGUGCCUUUGAACCACCAAGUUGUGCUCCUAGUGGUGGAUUAUUCAAUUUAGUUGAUACUUCUUUGUCAGUUGCACCAGCUCAUUUACCGGAUCCAUGGUCUGCUCCUUUAGUAGUUCCGAGCAGUUCGUUAAAUAAUAAUAAUACAUCAUCACCUUCUCCAUCCACAUCAUUUAAUAAUACCAAUAUACCACAGUCAACAUUUCCACUUAUCCCUAUUGAUGAUCCUUGGAGCCCGAAAAAUCAGCCAAAUAUUUCAACACAUUCUACAACAAGUAAUUCCGAUGAAAUGUGGAAUUUGGAAUCAACCUUAGGUGCUACAUUACCGUCCACUUCUAAUAUAAACACCGAGUCAGUUAUUUCUAACCAUCAUCAUCAUGCCAAUAGUGGUAGUAAUCUAAAUAAUAACAAUGGGCAUUUUGAUUUUGAUUUGAAUGGAACUUCAAAUAAUAUGAAUGAUCAAUUUCCGCAACAGCUUCAACAGCAGUCCACUUUUCAAAGUGCACAAACAUCUUUAACUAUAGAACAACAACAGCAAGAACAACAGACUGUACGUAAACGAACUCCUGCUGACUUUUUAGGUGAACAUCAGAAAUUAGUUGACUUGGAGAAGUUGAUUGAAAAAAAUCCAGCAUCAAAUAAUCCAUGAUGUGGAAUUCGCUCCGACGAAGCUCACAGUACAUGUUCAAGCCACCAAAUUUGGUGUUUCAAGAUGGCGACACUGAUUGAAUUAUCGUCAAUGCUCCCGAACAUACGCAUGAACAAAGAUUAAUAUGACAGAUUGAAUUGAUAUAUUCAACUACCCUUAGUUCAUAUUAUCUAUCCUACCGGUGGUCAUUUAAAUUGAUAAUACGAUACUUAUUAAAAGUAUAUUGCAGUAGACGUGAUAAUUUAAUUAGUGUACGUUCGGAAAAUGCAUAAAAUAUGUAACAGGGUCAUGCAUCAAAUCACUUGUCAAUCAAAAUUGCUAGUAGGUUUCUUGAAAAUGUAAUGCAGAAAUAACUUUUUAAUAAUAACGUCUUUGAUGAAUAUCUUUCACCUUGUUGUAACAAAGAGUUUUGCGUUAUAAAUACUAUGAAUACUAUCACUCUCUACUAGCCACGUCAUGGUAACAAGGUGCGACUUGACUCCAUUUAUUCAAGGGCUUCGACGUGUAGAAAUUGAUGUAGAUUACAUCGAAGUGAGCAGUGUUUUUAGUGUUCAUACUAUCUUCUAACGUCUCUGUAGUAUGAACAAAUUGUUUUUGAACACAAAUAGGGUUUCCGUAUAGCCAAGCCUUCAGUAAACCUUAGUAUACACUCUUGAAGGAUUUUUUACAACACUACAAAUGCGGACUUGAUACAAACCUUAUGACCAGUCUCAACCAAAUGUUUCGCAAUGGAGGAGGAUGUCUAUAUUGUGUCCUUAUUUGACCAUUGGAAUUCAGUUGUUUCUGUAGCUAUUCGGAUAUGUGUUCCAUCACGAUUGCUCCUCCCUACGUACGUGUUUCCGCACAUACAUGUAAAUUGAUAGACAGAAUGGGAUGUGCCACAAUCACUUACGUUCUGUUUGUGUUUUUGGCGAACCAUUGACCUUUUCUUUUCAAUAAUUACAAGUUGGGCCGCAUAAAAUGUCCUGUUGAUGGCUAAUUUAAGUCUCCGUUUCAAUAUGAAACUAAUUGAGUCACCUCUAAACGGUAACAUAAUGUAAAUCCGCUUUUUGGGUGCCGGAAGUGUCAUAAGUCUAAUCGUAUUGGAACCCAUCGAUUUAUAAACUUCAACGAAUAACCUUUAUUCAUUAAUGUUUCAGUCAAGAGCUUCGUCUCUACUUCAGUAGUAUCGCUAGUGCAAAUAUGAUUAAUUCUAUUGAAUAAGCCGUUUAUUAAUCCACGAUUUUAAUCAAUUGGGCAGUGACUAUGGAAAUUAAGAUGUCGUCCUGUCCAUGUCGGCUUUUUAUACACAGGACGUUUAACGGAACCAGUGUGUUUAGAAAAGAAUCCAUAUUAGCGCUUGCCUCGUAAUGCAGUUUGAUGGUUUUCUCAAUGUGUGUCCUAUCCACGACAUGGACGUCCCAUGAUAUCUUCAUAUCCGGUGUUGUCCAUUUCAACUUCAGCGUUUAGGUCUCCUAUCAGGAUGGUGAAAUCCUUUCUUGGGCAUUACGCUAUGAUCGAUUGCAGCCUCGAGUAGAACUGAUCUUUAUCGUCGCCGUUGCUAUCAUUGGUGGGUGCAUAACAUUGGAUAACAUUCAUUGUGAUUCCCUCCUUCUUUGUUUCGAAGGAUGCUUUGAUGAUCCCAGAUCCGUGAGAUUCCCAUCCUAUAAGUGCAUUUCGUGCUUCUUUGAACAGCAUCAGGGCAACUCCCUGAGUGUGCAAAGCACUCUCCUCUUUGUGACCAAAGUACAACAGCAUUUCUCCCGUAUCUAACCCUUUCUGUUCAGCUUGGGUCCAAUGGGUUUCGCUGAUUCCGAGCACCGUCAAGUCGUAUCUCCUCAUUUUCGUUGUUAUUUGACUGGUUCUCCCAGUCUCCCACAUUAUCCGGACAUUCCAUGUUCCUAUGAAAAUUGUUGCUCUGGUUGUUAGAAGGGGCAUCGGCCUCGUGGCUUCCGAAGAAUCUCGGUUUUCAUCAUGAGGCGUCAUGAUUCUUCAUUCAACUCCCAGGGUAGUGCUUAAAUUAUUUAUUCCUCUCAGCGUUUUUUAACAAGGUUUUUUUCUACGGGACGGGGUUGCUAACCAUCUACCCAACCCUCCUCCUUUUCCCGGACUUGGGACCGGCAGUAGCGCUAGAAGAGCUACAGGCGGAGUCCAUGGCGUGCAAUUGAUUAAUACACGCUGGAUAUCUUUGACCUUGAUGUGGAUCGAUAAACUGGUAGAUAUUCAGUGACCUGACUGCCAGGUGAAUCAGGUAGCGCUCAGAGACAUUUCACUAGCCCUACAACUCCGUAUCAUCCAUCAAUUUCGUAAUUAUCCUGAGUAUUGGAUCAACACUGAAGUAGUGUUUCAAAUAGCAGAUUGAUAGUAAAUUUGGUUAGUGGGAGUGAUAAAGUUCCAAUCUUUAGAUUUCCACAUAAACUACAUCCCAUUUUUGAUUUACUAUAAAUUCAUCUCUCUAAUAAUGCUAUUAUUCCACCAUAUGGUUCAGUAAUUUACCAUAUAAAAUGUUUUAACAAGCGAUUCGACUAUGAAAACUAAAGUCUGUGAGUGGAGUAACGCUAUUUCUUAUUUAUGACGAUUUCUAUGAAUACCAUGAUAGCACUUAAAGUGCACUAACAUCAAGUGGUGACCUGUAACGUACGCCCUUUCUCCAGAAUCAACUAAUCUUUAUUUGCACCAGUCUGCUGUCCUCAUUCCAUGGAGUAGGAAUUACGGAGAUUUGUUUUUUCAAUAAUAAAAUCAACGUUGUUUUCUACGUGGUGGCGUACUUGUCCCAUGCCCAACCCUUCUCCUUUACUCAUGCUUGGGACCUGUAAUUGCUACAGGCAGAGUUAUUUGUUUUAGACUGAAAAAUUAUAACUCAGAUAAAGUGCCUCCUUUUGAUGAUCGGAGAAUAGAAUGGAGGGUAAAUGAGUGACAUUUAUCAGGAUUGAUUGGUAAAGAAGUGUGAUGAAUAUUAUUAUUUCAGCAAGAUUUUUCCAGCUUCUCAUCCCUUGUUUCGUUUUCAUAAUGUCGGUUUUUCAAAAACUAAUUUGAUAUGGCAAACUAUAGAUAUUUCUGUUAAUUCAGGUAAUCUUUGAGUUUGCAGUCCAAAUAAAUUGACCAACUUAUCAUUUAGGAUUUCGUCUGUUGAAUAAGAUUUGGAAUAUUAAGUUGUAACUUACUUGAAAGAAGAAUCUUACGUAGCUGGUUCGGGAAUAUGUGAUUUGACAAACAAGAUUUCUAGAAGUGCAGUUUCACUCGUUCCAAUGUAAUUGUGUAUUUGAGGUUAACUCGUUCAUAUAACCUUCUAAUAGUUUGUGUAGAGUCUUUUCAGAAAUUUAAAACAGUCCAUUUGAUAAAUUUUGAUAGUGCGAUGAGAAGGCGAAAGUUAUCAUUGCGAAACAUUUAGUUGAGACUGUUCAUAAAGUUGAUACCAAGUCAGCAUUUGUAGUAUUGUACAAAAGCUUUCAGGGGUGUAUACUAAGGUUUACUGAAGCCUAGGCUAUGCGGAAACUGAUAGUCUUUAUAGUACUUCAGAAAAAGAUUUACGUGUUAAGUUUCAGAUUACUUUGUUUGCUUGGGUUAUAUGGAUUAGGACUACUUAGUUUGUUUCAUUUUUAUGCUCAUAUGUUUAGACGCUUUUUAAUCUCAGCAGGUUUAUCUUGGUUCUCCUCCCAGCAUUGAAUACAAAACAGUUAGUAUACUCUUAUCUACUUAUUCCAAAUGUCUUAUACAACGAUUCCUGUUCUGCUUACCAACAACAGUACAAAAUUUUGGAUUGUGUAAUCUACUUGAUCAUACAAUAGAAAACUUAAUGUGUUUGAAAAUGUUAACAAAUAAUUGGUCAUCUUUAUCUUCAUAGCAUCAUUUGUAUUUGCUUAAAUUGUUAGUGUGAAUACUGUGAGUUAGGUUCAACGUUGUUUUCUGACAAAGAUUAAACAUUUAGAAAGCACUUAUUGCGAGUUUGGUGUUAUUCUGUUGCCAGCCAGUGUGAAAAUUCGCUACAUAUUUCAUGAAAAAACUCAUGGCAGUUUAUCACGAAGUGAUCAAGGAAUUUAGCACUGAAAGUGAAUAUUAUAUACGUCUUUUAAUCAACCAACAUGAUAAUUUCGAAUAUUUGGUGUUGUAAGUUGCAAUUGCCAACAAAUUCAUAAUUUUGCAUUAUAUUUUUUCUCCUUCCCCAAUUAGCUUCUACAAAUCCAUUCACUGUUGGUUCAAAAUCUGUAACUGGUGCAGCUUGUAAUCCAUUUAUACCUAAUCAGUCAUUGAAACCAUCACUGAAUCAAUUGGCACCAGCACCGGCACCUCUAUCAGGUGCAAUUUAUCAUAACACAAUGAGUAAUCCAAUGUUCUAUCAAGUUCGACCAUAUUAUCCUGCUAGUGGUUCUGUCUCAACAGUACAACCCAAUUAUAUGGUACCGAUCAAUACUGCAAGUGCAUGGUCCGUUAUUGAUGGCUCUGGAAAUAAUAUGAUGCAUCAACAACAGACAAGUAGUUUAAAUCCAUUUUACUAAAGAUGAUCAUCAUUAUUAUGCAACUGUGACUAUUAUUUUCAUUGUAGUAUCGCAUCAACACUGGAACUACUACUACUUUUGUUUGUGUUCAAACACUGGUUGCUUAUUCCUUCAUUGUCUCUUUCGGGUUGGUUUUUUAAGAAAAGAAAACAGUUAUUGAUCUCUAUUGCCUUCAUUUCUCUUUUAAAAUGCUAACCCUGAAGUAUCAUUGUCGUUUGACCGUUGUGCUGUUCUGUACAACAUAUACAGUACCAAUUCUUAUUGCACUCAAUCUUUCUACACUUAGUAGCUUUGAUUUUCUUCGCCUUUUUCCCUUCUAAAGACAAUCGAUUCAUAACGUUUAAUACAUAUUCUUUGUCUUGUCAAGAAUUAAGCUAUCAGGGAUCUCUCAACUCUUCCUAAUUGCAGUAUGUGAUUAUUGGCUAUCAUCAACAUUUAAAUCUUGCAUAUUUAGGAUCACUAUGCUUAUGCAAAUUUUGUGUGUGUUUUAUUCCGUUUUUUCUUCUGAAAACGAUUACACUGCUGAUGCUGUCGUUACUAUUUUGAGCCUAUUACAACACCUACUACUAUCAGUGUUAUCAAGUUAAUAUGAAAUAAAUUAUUCUCCGUAUCUUUUCUUGUGAAAAAAGAAUAGUUCUCCUCCCAUUGAGAUACAUUUUGCCGACACAGCCCCCCUUCUUGAUAUCAGUAUAACAUGCUUUCAUUAUUAAAAAAGAAACAUAAUUCAUUUAGUGGUAGUAAUGUACAUCGUAUGUUUUUGGAAAGAAUAAGUUCAUUCAAAGACAAGUAAUUCUACGAAUGUUACUGAACCACCAGUCGAAUGUUAAAUAAAAUUGUGAAAUGCCAUUCAAUUACCAAUAUAUAUAUAUAUAUAUAUAUAUAUAUAUAUA